CUCACUCUCUUUUCAAUAUUAUCACUCAUACUGCAACUCUACUCUAAACGUAUCACAACAUUCCCUUUCUUGUACUAUUUUAUCUGCAUUUUGUGUACAUUUGACAUCUAUUUUUCUAAUUUCUCUUUUUAGUUUAAAUAUUUUUCUGUGUUGGAAGGCUCUUCAAAUCAGCAACCGUGUUUAACUCAACAGCCUGUGUGUGUUUAUCCUUCUACCUCUCACCUAAUGGCUCAUUGAAUAGGGGAGGAGAAGUUACCAUCUUGCCCUGGUUUGUUUCCUCCUAUGUAAACGGAGGAUCUCUCAAUAUGUCAGAUAGAGGGAACACUGCGACAGCCACCGCUGGUAAUGCGUCCGCUGCUGUUGCUGCAUCAUCUUGUUCAUCAAAUCCACCGAGUUCUGCAGCAAUUCCUCAAACGAAAAAUCACUCUAAUUUACUCGUUAUCGAUUUAACCAACUCAGAUGAAGAGGAUAAUCAACGUACAGGGGGUGGUGGCAGCAUAGCUGUUGGUGGUUCAGCACCAGUAACAAAUACAAAUAGCAAUUGUACUGUGAAUAAUAAUAGCAGAAGUAACAUGAGUACCAGUGAUCCUGUUCAAUCGAUGAAUCAUCAUCAUCUUCAACAGCCUGUGCAACAUCAGCAUCAACAACAACAGCAACACGGAGCUUUAUAUCUUCCUCAACACUCUCAACAUCCUUUACAACUCUACAAUCAUCAUCAACCUCACUCGCACCAUUUUCAUCAUCACCUGCAUCAUAAUCCUGGACGUGAAGUCGUGGAGAGAAGUAAGAAGUGUACAAGACGGGACAAGAUAAACACUAACUGUGUGCAUUCGCCUGGUGAUACUAAUAGUAAUAACAACAGCACCAAUAGCCAGAUAAAUGGUACCUUAAGUUCUAAUCAUGUGAAUCAUUAUCCAAACCAUAACCAAAGUCUAAACAGUGGUAACAGUGGAAGUAGUAGUAGCAGCAGCAGUAGUACCAGCAGUAAUCACGACAACAACUGUUCCCAAAGCAUGCCCGGUCAUAGUUCCGUUGGUUCACCAUUACCAGUACCGCUUAAUAUCGAUCAACCUCAAGUUAUGACAUCAACAAAUCCUUACUAUAACCCCAACUGUAGAUAUGGCUACCUUCACCCAAGUGAUCCCGCGAAUACGAAUCGAAAUAUAUGCCCAGAACUGAGCAAUAAUGGAGAGGCCUGUUCAUCAUACAGCAAUUGUUUCGUUGCAAGCUCAUCUAAUGGUGUUAAUCCUGCUCCAGUUACAGGACCUUGUCCACAUAAUCAUGGUUAUUGUCCCGUCGGCAGUCCACACACAAUGCCUACUUAUCAAGGGCAACCAUCUGACCUAAGUCGUCUAUUCGGUCCAAAUUUAGCUGCACCUCUUCCUUCGCCUAGGCCUAGACAGGAUCCCUCAAUAUAUUAUCCAUAUUACUCAGGCCAACCACCUCCUCAUCACAGCCACAACUAUGCAACAUAUCAACUGCCUCCUGGGAUGCAUCCAAAUCAUCAGAGGAUCCUUCUUUCUCACCAAAGAAUCGGUGAAAAUCACCGAAGAAGCUAUCUCAGACAUGCGGUCAUGCAAAGGCGAUUGCUGGAAUCACGGAAUCAAGUGUAUCAACGUUUUGUAGAAAACGCUAGUAAUAUUAAUGCAGCAAAUCACGGAGCUCAUAAUAUGCAUGGAGCUCUUGCCACAAACACAAACUCUCAUGUGAACCUUUACGAUUGUCCAAACAAUGAUAAUUCUUUUAGUUGGAAUUUAGGAGUUACACCGCAAUUUAUAGAUCAGAAUCAAGCUAGUGCUGCUAUGACUAGUAUCGCUUUACACACAUUACCUGGACCUCCUACAAUUCCUUCCAUUUCUUUACCGGUGCCAAUGAAUCCAAUUUUAGCCUCUAAUAGUGAUGGAACACUUGUUUCUAGUACUGGUGAUUCCUGCAAUAGAUUUGAUAUUUCAUCUUUAACGUUACCAUCUACCCGCGUUCCUAAUCUUAACCCAGCUGCUCGGCCAAACUCAAACUCGCCACAAGUUCCAAACAACCCUAACGAGAUGGGUGAACUUAACGAAAAUGUUCAAAACGAUAUUGUCAACACACCAACAGAUGCCCCGCAUUCUCACAUUCACCAUCAUGUGCAUCAACACCAUUAUCACCACUCUCACCCAACAAAUAGAGUACAUUUCGGAAAUCCUCAUCUCCAAAUCACUAUUUCCCCACAAAUGAUUGUUGCUCCGAGACAGGAUGUGAUCUUUUCUGAAAUCGCACCCAGCUUUUCCCCUCCUUUCCACCAUCCAUAUCAAUCUCCAUACAUUACUGGGUACAUGAGAAGUAUACAGCAACAUCGUCACACCGCAACUGUUAAUAGAGGAGCUUCACAAGCUGUUAUCGAACGUAAUACCUUCCCUCACAAGUACAAGAAAAUUCAAAGAAGCGCCGAAAUCGAGGAUACCAUCGAAAAAUGUACUAUAUGUUUAUGUGAGUUUGAAGACACCGAAGAUGUCAGGCGUUUACCAUGCAUGCACUUAUUCCAUGUUGAAUGUGUUGACCAAUGGCUAGCAACCAAUAAACGGUGUCCAAUAUGUCGUGUUGAUAUCGAAGAGCAUCUUAAAGACUUUGGCUUGGCCUCAUGACCUCAGGAGUUGUAUACUGUAAAUGUCUAUUAUAUAUUAUAAAUAUAUAAAUAUAUAUACCUUCAUUGAUGGGGAACCACUAAUCAUAAACUCUUCUAAUGUGUGCUCAAAAUCCUCAUCCACCAAGACUAACUUCCGUCUCUUUUAUCUUUCUUUCACACACUCUUUCUCUAUCCAUCCCUUCGAAUUUUAAACCAAAAUUGUCCCACUUCCAUAUAUAUAUAUUGCUAAAAUAAUAAUUAUAAUCCAAAAUCCUUUUAUCAUGAAAAAAAAUCUUUCUUUUUUCUUGUGUUGUGUUUUAUGUGAGAGAGCAGUUUUUUAAAGCUCAAAAAGAUACCUCUUUUCCUACCUGAAAAAUCAGCAUAAUUUUUCAAACUAGAAACAUUAAAAUAAUUUUGAUUUGAAAACCAAUUUUUGCUUUCACCUUAUGAAACAAAAAACAUUUUUUUUUGCUUGAUCAACUACCAUUUUAGCCUUGUCUUUAGGAGUGAAUGAAUGUAUUGUUCAAGACUCUGUGCGAGUCAAUUUUAAUUGUAAAACAAGAAGUGUUAGUUUAGAUUGACAGUGAUGGAAAAAUGGAGAAAGAAAAAGAGAUUCAAUUCCUAAAUGAAAAACCAAUGAGAAAACAAAAAUAAUUAAUGAAUAUUUUAGAUUACAAUCACCUAAUGAAACAAGAAAAAAGAAAAAUUUGAUGUAAAAUGUAACUAACUGUUGAUACAAUGAUUAUAAAUAUUAUAUUGAUUAUAUAUUACAUGUCCAAUCUCAAUUGAAACAAAAGCUUAUAUUUCUUGUCCCUUUUUUGAGUGUCAUUCAGCAACUCCUCAAAAAACAUCUCAAAAUGAAACAAAAUUAGCUGAUUGUUAGCAGCUUUCCAUCUACCUCUUUCUGUCCAACAAACAACAAAAAGACUGAGGAGUAACAUCUUUUUAUAAGCAAAUUGAUUUCACUUUUUUGUCUCUUCAACGUUUCUUUUUCUCAAUAAUCAUCGUUUUACUGUAAUUUUAUCAUGUAAUUAUAAUAGUAAUAAUAACAACCAUAAUCUAGUGAUUUUUUUGUGAAAAUUGAUUGAUUAUCGGUCGUAAACGUCUUUUUUUGCUGCAAAACAGCACAUUGAAUCAACAUGAUGAUGUAAAACAUGAUUAUCAGGAAAAAGAAACAAACAAUUAGCAAAAAAAGCACAUUGUGAAAGUUUAAAUUGUAUUAUAUAACAAGUAUUCAUUGUAUCAUAGUUAAAUUAGUUGAAUAUACAAAACUAAUUGUGUAUAAUUUACAAACUCUAAUUUCUUCCAUCCUUUACCAUUAAUUGUUAACCUUUUUCUCACUUAUCCUCUUAACUCUUUCUCUGUCAAACCUUUAUACCUUUUAACCUGAACCUUAUCCAUUUUUUAACAGCAAAGGUAACCUUUCAGUAAAACCAUUUUUCUGUUUUCUUUUGUACUCACAUUGAAAGAUUACCUUUGAUUGAACCAAAAGCAAACCCAAAAUUAUUUAUUUAUAAUUAGCUUAAACACUUUAAACUGUAAACAAUCAAAGAAACAUGUGAAAGAUGAAUUACACAAUUAUUUUUCCCAAUGUUGAACCCAUUGAUUACAGACAAACAAGUUAUGAUGUAAAAUACGCAGAAAAAGAAACCAAGGAAACGAUCGUCAAUUAACAUACAACAAUAGCUAAUUGGGAUUUAAUCACGCACGUUAAUCAAGCCAUCAUCAAAAAGAUUACAAACAUUUUUUCUUCUGUUCAGCAAAACCGAAAUAGUGUGUAUUUCAUUGCUUUGUGGGACCAUUUUUGAACCUGCUUUGACUUUUGGACUAUCUCAACACUUCUGUCUUUUAACGUAACAAUUUGGUUGGUGAUUCAUUAUUAAUUAAAGCCAGGAAGAAUACAAUAAAGAUUGGAAAUAAAUCGGUUACUAAUUAAACCAGAAUUGCACUUUAAUCAUCAUUUAUCUGCAAGAGUUACAAAUAGGAAAGGAUAAAGAAACACACAAUUGGAUUAUCAUUAUCAUGUUUAUAUUCUUAGGGAAACAAUUUUCAUCGAGAAAUUGUGAUGCUGUUGUUAAUUUUCCCCUGUUCAUUACAAUAUUUGAUAAUAAUUGCAAAAUUUCAAUGGGAAUUCAAUUGUCGUUGUCUACGCCACCAUUACCACACUCAUCAUGAAAACGUCACUUUUUUUGUACCAUUACCAUGGGAAGCAGGCAAAUGAUAGAAGCUGUUGAACAUUUUCUGAACUCAAUUCCCUGUUAGAUAUUUUGGCCUGAAAUCUUGCUUAUUGGUUAUCUUUGAUUUUUGAUUCUGCCAAAAGAUGAGCUAAAAAGAUUACCGUUGUUUUGGUUUAUUCAAUUUUUGGACAACAAUUUCUUCUUCUGCCUGUUUUUUAGUCAUGAUUAUCAUUCGUAAUUGAGACAACUAGCAGAUUAUUCAUUUAUUUGGAGUUAAAUAUACUUAAAACGAUUACAGAGGAAUAGAGUGGAUAAAAAUAGGGCUUCAACCAAUCUUCACGUCAACCAUAAAAGAAAUGAUUUCAUCCUUUAGGCUCAAACGGAAUCACGAAAUUCAACUUCAUUUGGUUUUCAUUCUGGUUGUUCCGUCAAUUUUUGAUAGCUAUUUGAAAAACAAUAUGAACUAACAAACUGAAACACACACAAAAACGCUAACAGCUACGAUUUCAUCAAAAAAAACUCACCUAAUCUAACAAUUAAGGAAACAACAAAUGUUUUAUUGAAAACACAAAAAAAUACAAGAUAUAACUCACAAUUUUUUAACUACAAAAAGCAAAUUAAUUACAAGGAAAACUAAUUGAAAACAGAUGAAAAUAUGAACCACUGCUUUAAAUGUUUUUAAUUGUUCACAUAUUUUUUUUAAAUGUUAGACAUGGUUGCCCUCUCGAUUUAAAUUGUACUUUGGGUAAUUUUAAUCAUCAAACUUAUGGUUAAUAUAAAAAAUGAAAAAAUUUCAAUCCCUUUAAUUACUAAGCAAAGGCAAGCAUAACUUCAAUCAAGAUAAUAAACAAAAAGCAAACCUUAAAUGAAAUUAAAGUUGCUUAACUUUGCCAAACUCAAA